CCUGAGAUGCUAAUUGUGUCCCGCUAUAAAUACCGCCCGACUCCUGGUCCGCUUUCUUCACCGUGGCCACCAGGACCUGCUGUCACAUCGUAGAAAACCCCGGGUGAGGUGGCACCUUUUUGACGCGCACCUGGACUCAUGUUCCCAUUACCUUUGUUUACACCGGACCAGGUGGCCCGGGUGUGCGAGAACCUGGAGGAGACAGGCGACAUGGAGCGCCUUGGUCGGUUCCUCUGGUCCCUUCCCGCUGCGGUGCCGGGUUCCGCUGUGGAGGCGCUGAACCGGCAUGAAUCCGUGAUGCGCGCCCGAGCCCUGGUGGCCUUCCACGGGGGGAACUUCGAAGCUCUUUACCAGAUCUUGCAGAGUCAUCGCUUCACACGGGAGUCCCACGCGAAGCUGCAGGACCUGUGGCUGGAUGCACACUACAGGGAGGCGGAGAGGCUCAGGGGCCGACCCCUCGGCCCGGUGGAGAAGUACCGGAUCCGUAAGAAGUUCCCUUUGCCCCGGACUAUCUGGGACGGCGAGCAAAAGACUCACUGCUUUAAGGAGAGGACCCGAAGCUUGUUGAGAGAGUGGUACCUCCAAGAUCCUUAUCCGAACCCGUCCAGGAAGAGACAUCUGGCCCAGGCCACGGGACUCACACCCACUCAGGUCGGCAACUGGUUCAAGAACCGGCGGCAACGAGACCGCGCUGCAUCUGCCAAAAACAGAUUGCAGCAGGACCCCACCCUGCACCCGUCUGGGGGUUCACCUGAUGCCUCGCUUCAGGAGUGCCGCCCCAACUUAUUACCACCCUCACCUCGCCACUUGGGCAGCCCAGAGGCCAGUGACUGCAGCACGGGGACCGAGCACAGGGGGGCCGGCGCCUCCACGCCCGAGAUCUCCGUCAGCAGCGACAGCGAGUUUGAGUCCUGAGACGGCCAACGGCUUUGGGGACGAGACGUACGCACCCUAGAGACACUACCGUGCACGUGCUGGGGCUACCUCUACCAGGAAGUGGGGCGCAGUGCCGUGAGAGGACCGUGGCGUCACACCGUGACACACGUCACGCACUUAACGAGAAUGGUGACCUUGGCUGUUGACCUUGAGAAGACUUUGUAGACAAAAGAUGUUCAUGUUGGCGUAUUCUUUGAUGAGCAUGUCGCUGCCUUAAAGGAACUCAGGGCAUCACGUCACCUCUCAUCACCUUACGUUAGGUUAUGUUACGUCACAUCACGUGCACGUCAUAUCACUUCACGUCACCGCUUGUCAUGCCACGCUACACCAUAUCACCUCACGUUACGUCACGUCAAAUCACAUCACGUGUGCCAGCCGUAGUUUGCCAUUCCGACAAAAGCAGCAAAGUGAUUGGCUGGGCUCACGAAGGGUGAAAGUGUGAUUGCUCUCGCUAGUGCCUGCGACUUAAACUGCAUUUUCAUGAAAGACGAAGGUUUGUUGUUCAUAA